AUGUCCCAGAACCCUGAAUCUUGUGAAGAGCGUGGAUCCGUGCUCGAACACAGUACCAGCCCUAAGACUUUGGGGGCCCGGGAAGCCGUUGUCUCCGACGAGGUGGAAGCCAACGACCCGUCGCAAGGCCAUGGUCGCUUCAACUCCAAGCGCGCCCUCUGGGGGUUCCUUGUUCUCUGCUUCUCGACCGGACCGACAUCCGGAAUGUCUACAACGUAUGCAUCCGCGGCCAUCCUGUCUGCUGCCAAUGCUCUAGGGCACCAAGCAGGAUCCAACAAGCCGUGUUCCACCCGGGGCACCAACAUCAGUUGCUUGGUGAAAUUUGGUGCCGGUGAAAUUGAUUAUGCCAGUUACACAUUAUACCUCCGCGCCAUUGCGAGGGCCACCGAGGGCGUCCUGGCUAUAUUCACCGCAGGUAUUGCCGACUAUUCUGACUACCGCAAGACCAUGAUGAUGUCCUCCAUCUUCCUCUUUGGCGUCUUAGCCCUCCCAUUCGCCGGCCUAACCGCCCAGACCUACAGCCAUCUCACUGCGUUGGCCGUGCUGUACUGCUGCCUCACCACCGUCCAAGGCAUCUACACCGUCAUCGAAGGCUCCUACAUCCCCAUCUUCAUGCGCUCCACCGGCUGGUUCCGAACCUCGAUCGUGGGCCGCAGCGACGCCAGCCCGGAAGGCAAGAUCUGGCAGAAGGGUGUCUCCGUCAGUGUCUUAGCCCUCGUCGCCAGCAAUGUCGGCGCCCUCAUGGCUCUAAUCAUCGGCGUCAUCCUCGUCUACGGCCGAGGUUCCUACGUCAAAGUAGGAUACUUCAAUUACCUCCUCGCCAUUACCAUCGCCGGCUGCAUCACCAUCCUAUUCGCCAUCCUCGGCCACAUCCUCCUCCCCAACAUCCAAGGAAAACCCCUAGCGCAUAAACGCGACGCCCUCCCCCUCCCCCUCCGUAACUGGCUCCGCCUCCUCCGCCACGCCCCCCACUACUCCGAAGCCUUCAAGCUUUGCAUCGGCUGGGUCCUGUGGAACACCGGCUACACGAACCACCUCACCCUCGUCUCCGCCUUAUUCCUCGAAGUCACCGGCUUCUCCCGCAGCUCGGGCGUCUACUCCGUCUGGUCCUUCACGAGCGUGAUUUUCGCCUGCACGGGUAGUCUCACUUUUCUCUUCCUCUACCCGCGCGUCCAUCUCCCAGUGAAAUCCUGGGCAUAUGUCCUCCUCACCAUCAACAUCCUCUGCGUCCUCUGGGGCUGUCUCGGCAUCAACCCCCACGUUCCUAUCGGAUAUAAACACCAGGUGGAAUUCUGGAUCGAACAGGUCCUGUUCAUGUCGAGUAGUAGUGCCUUGCGGGCGUAUAAUCGGGCCAUCUAUUCAUCGUUGAUUCCGAAGCACGCCGAGGCGCAGUUCUUUGGGCUUGAGAUUACGUUGGAUUUGGCGACGGGGUGGAUUAAUCCCCUCGUCAUGGGGGUUAUUCAGGAUCGGACGCAUAAUUUGCGCUUUCCGAUGAUUCCGAAUUUGUUGUUGAUGGUCGUGGGGUUGGGGUGUUAUGUUUGGGUGGAUAUGGGGAGGGGGUUGAUGCAGGCGAGGGUGCCGUUGGGGUUGUGA